UGGCGUUUCCAGAUCGCUCGGGGACGUGUGUGUGUUGGUUUCCGCGCGAGCUUCGAGGCGGAGGGAGGGAGGGAGGUGUCCGAUGGCGUCCGCUUGAUCAGCUCUCCCUUCCUAGGUUUGUUCCCCCGCGCGCGCUCGCCGGUUGGCAUUGCGGGAGGCGGAGCCGCGUCCCGCGUGGGGUUGGAGAUUCCGCGGUGGUUUCCCCGGGGGGGCUGUUGCGGUCAUGGUGCUGUAGUCGCUCGGUCGUUCGAAGGAGGUAAUGAAUAUGGAGGAUAGGGGAGGGUCGUUUGUAGCCGUCAGGAGGAUUUCUCAAGGCAUCGAGAGAGGCAAUACCUGCCAUUCAACUUCAGCUGAAGUUGUGGCAGGCUCAGCAGCAUGGCUUGGUCGAGGUCUUUCUUGCGUUUGUGCACAGAGACGAGAGAGCGAUGCUCGUCCCUCAUUUGAUUUAACUCCUGCCCAGGAGGAAAGCUUGCAGAGGCUUCAAAGCCGCAUAGAUGUUGCUUAUGAUAGUUCUGUUCUGGAACACCAGGAAGCUCUAAGGGCAUUGUGGCAUGCUGCCUUUCCAGAAGAGGAACUUCGUGGUUUAAUAUCUGAACAAUGGAAGGAAAUGGGUUGGCAAGGGAAGGACCCAUCCACUGAUUUUAGGGGCGGUGGUUUCAUUUCAUUGGAAAACUUGCUGUUCUUUGCCAGGAAUUUUCCGAAAUCCUUUCAAGAUCUUCUGAGGAAACGGGAAGGUGAUCGGUCAUUGUGGGAAUACCCUUUUGCUGUAGCUGGCGUGAACAUCACAUUCAUGCUUAUCCAAAUGCUCGAUCUUGAAGCAGUGAAGCCACGGACGCUUGUUGGAGCUACUUUCUUGAAGUUCCUUUCUGAAAAUGAAUCAGCCUUUGAUCUUCUAUACUGCAUCACAUUCAAGCUGAUGGACGAUCAGUGGCUUGCCAUGCGUGCAUCAUAUAUGGAUUUUAAUGCUGUGAUGAAAUCGACCCGCCGUCAAAUGGAAAGAGAGCUGCUGCUUGAAGAUGUGACACGUCUUGAGGACUUGCCCUCUUUUGGCCUUCUUGCUCACUAGUGCGGCUCAGUAAGUUCAAAAAGUGAUCGAUGUAGAAGCAGGUUUCGUAGAGUGAACAAGGAGGUUACCUUUUUUUUAGUGUCUCUCUCUCUCUCUAGAUCAUGUUUGUACGUCACGCUACGCUCAUAAAAUGGCUUUGCAUUUACA